ACUUGUGUAGUCAAGCAAUAAGAAAUUGAACUGAGAUUGGAGAGACCAAGAUUCCUAAAUCGGCAUUCUGCAGGGUUACGGCAACUGAAAGAGCAAGGUUCAGCAAUGGAGCAAGACGGCGUCGUUUCGAAGGCAGUGGCGCUUAUCGCGUGCGUAGCAAUGGCUUUGUUCUACGUUGCUAUCCUCUACGCUCCCACCGUGGUCCUUCGUCUUCCACCCCCUCCUUCUUUCAAAAGCUUCAUGAUUCGACGCUUCCUAUGCGCCGUCGUUUCCUCCUUUCUCUCCCUUUUCCUCUCCGCUCUCAUUCUCCCCGUGCAGACUAAGGAACUGCGCCACAUUUUUGGUGGUGUCUUUGGCAUCCGGGGGGAUCAUAUUUGGCAGGCUGUGGUCAUUCCUCUUUGCUUGACCUCUCUAAUGUAUGCUGGGUCCAUGUUCCUCAAGUGUCUUCUGUUGCUGACUUCUUGGAGGCAACACACAAGUUCUGGGGAUGCCCUUUCCUUUGCUUCCUGCAAAUGCACUUUGCAGAGGUUUUUUGACUGGUUAUCUGUGAUUUCAUCAAAUGUUUUGGUGUGGCGAAACUAUGUUGUGGCACCCAUUACCGAGGAGUUGGUGUUUCGGGCAUGCAUGAUACCUUUACUUCUGUGUGGAGGAUUUAAAGCAUAUAGUGUUAUUCUUCUUUGUCCUAUUUUCUUCAGCUUGGCACAUCUGAAUCAUUUUGUGGAGAUUUAUACCAAGCAAAACUACAGAAUAAUGAAGGCUGUUAUGAUUAUAGGUCUCCAGCUUGGCUACACUGUUGUCUUUGGGUCAUAUGCCUCUUUUCUCUUCAUUCGAACUGGACACCUUAUAGCUCCAUUAGUAGCGCACAUAUAUUGUAAUUUUAUGGGACUGCCUGCGUUGUAUUCGCAGAAAAGUGGGUUUGUGAGUGUAACAUUCAUAAUAGGAUUCCUGGGCUUCUUGUGGCUUCUUUUCCCAAUGACGGGCCCAGAUUUGUAUAAUGAUAGCAUAGAUAAUUGCAGUUGUUGGCAAGGGUACUGCACAUGGAUAGAAAGGAUAAGAAUUUGAAUACCCCAGAUGUAAAUGUAAAUGUUAGUAUUUGUUUUUGGGUACGAAGAGUAAACGAAGAUGAAUUCUAUAACAACACAAUAUUACUCAAAAUUGCUUGA